UCUGCGUAGUCCAGCGGCACGACAACUGUUAAUCUGCGGCGAUGUCCAAUCCGGAUUCGGAACAAAGAAAUCCAGUCAGCCAACCAGACCCCAAUUCAACGUCUCGGAUGAGAGAGAGAGACGCACACAGAGAAAACCUCCUUCGGCUUUAGAGCUUCUUCAUGAGUGCUUCUCUGUCCUUUUUUCGCAGACCCAAAAAAACUGUGACAUUUGGAUUGCUUGCUGAUUGCUGAUUGAUUACUGGAUGCUCAGGUCCUCCAUGUCCAGAAGAACCCAAUUCGCCAAACAUCCCGCUUUGAUGCUCUAUGAUUGUAUUUCUGGAAUGGCUGCUUUGAAUCGAUUGUAAGUCGUCUAGCUUGACUUAGCUUACAGUACGUUAAGGUCUUUUACCCUAUGGCUCGGAAGGGUAACCAACAGAAGAAUGCUGUAGAUCGCCAGACAUCAAGGCACAAAAAGAAGGGUCCAGAUUCAGGGUGUACACUAGGAGAAACGAAAGGGCAUGGGAAAGCAAGUGAGGUGAAAGUUUUCCCUGGAGAAGAACUGCCAAAUGGUGACCAGCCAAGCAGUCCUCUUUCAGCCAGUUCGAGUAAAACCAAUCAUCCUGUGGAGGAGAAUAAAAGCAAACAAAAAUCUGGAAAGUCUUUGAGGAAAGAGAAGCAAGGUAUGGAUGUAAUGCAGGGUCCAGAGGAAUCAAGUCCUUUACGGAGUGAUUCAGGAGAUUGCAAUGGAAACAAUGAAGCUCCAAGCAUGAGAGAAGAAAAUGGGAUAUUACCUCCGAGCCACUUACGCCGAAAACAUACAAAAAAAAAAUCUGGUUCCUCCCUGAAUAGAUGGCAUAUGAGAGCUUUGAUGGCUCGGUUAGAGUUUUCAGAUACCCGAUUGUUUAGAAACUUGAAGGCAUCAGCUUUGCCAUUCUUGAAGAUGGCUAGUGAAUGGUUGCAGAGGCACGAGCCAAUGUUUCUUACCGUAAAAAGUACGGCACUAUGUGCCCGUGAUUAUGUCAAAACAAAGUUUGAGCAGGCAUAUCCAAUUGUUUUGAAGUGGCUUAUGCAGUUGGGGGGUAUAUUGUUUCUUUUAUCAAUGGCCUGGUUGGAUUGUACCGUAAGGGGCAUUGAUAGCUUAGCUCGGAUGGGAACAACAUCCUUCUUUUCAGUUGUAUGGUGCAGCAUUCUCUCAGUAGUUGCUAUGGCCGGGAUGUUCAAGUUUCUGAUUGUAUUGGUCUUUGCUGCUUUAAUUGGACUUUUCGUUGGGUUCAUGCUCUCGAUUUUGGUGGUUGCUUUUUGUGGAGCUCUUUUGUUGUGGUUCUAUGGAAGCUUUUGGACAACAGGAUUUGCAAUCUUCUUAGGAGGUUUGGCAUUCACACUGAGCCAUGAGCGUAUUGCCCUGUCCAUUGCCACUGUGUAUUCAAUUUAUUGUGCUUGGACAUAUGUUGGAUGGCUGGGUUUGCUUUUGGGGUUGAAUUUAUCUUUUAUCUCAAGUGAUUGUCUGAUAUAUUUCCUAAAGUACAACGUAAAUCAGCAGAGAAGACCCAACGGAUCCCCUGAACAAACAUCUGGAAUUCCAGGUCAACCAGACUUCUUUACCAGUGAGCAGGCACAUGCUUCAUCCUCUGAAAAUGUUCCAUUGUUUUCUGCCGAUCGUAGCCAAGGAGUACCCUCAACCAGUAGCACUGAUUCUGAGAUAACCUCUGAAGAUGAAGUUGUUCGGCUGUUAAACUGUACUGAUCACUAUUCCGCGUUGGGAUUUUCUCGAUACGAAAAUAUAGAUGUUUCUUUACUGAAGCGGGAGUACAAGAAAAAGGCAAUGUUGGUCCAUCCUGAUAAAAAUAUGGGAAACGAAAAAGCUGCUGAAGCUUUCAAGAAACUUCAGAAUGCAUAUGAGAUUUUGCUUGAUUCCUUGAAGCGAAAAACAUAUGACGACGAAUUAAGGAGAGAGGAACUGCUGAACAUUUUCUGUAGAUUUCAAAGUACUUCACAAAAGAAUGGAGGGCACGGUGUCUUUCCCCCUGGAUUUGCACACCCGGAAGCUGAUGGUGAAGACCCAUUUGGGGAUUCAAGGAGAAUCGCCUGCAAUAAGUGCGGCAAUUUUCAUGUCUGGGUGCUCACCAGGAAAUCAAAAUCUCAAGCACGAUGGUGCCAGGAUUGCAAAGAUUUUCAUCAAGCAAAAGAUGGUGAUGGGUGGGUUGAACAAUCUUCCCAACCCUUCUUCUUUGGAAUGUUGCAGAAAAUAGAUGCUCCAUCCGCAUUUGUUUGUGCGGAUAGCAAGAUAUACAAUGCUACUGAGUGGUAUAUUUGCCAGGGAAUGAGAUGUCCAGCCAACACUCACAAGCCAAGUUUUCAUGUUAACACUAGUGUGACCUCUAAGCAUAAUACUGGAAAGGGAACAAGUUCGGGGCAAAGAGGAGGUCAGAUGCCAACAUCGAACUUGGAAGAGAACAUGACAGAGGAAGAAUUCUUCGAGUGGUUACAGAAUGCAGUGCAAACUGGCAUGUUUGAAAAUUUUGGUACCGGCACCUCCACUGAGAGCCCAUCUGCCAAAUCUGGACCUGGUACCAAGAGUGGUGGCAGCACCAGUGGCAGUGCUAACAAGAGAAAGAAAAAGGGAAAGAAAUGGUGAGUAUCCAAGUUGUUCCCGUUUGUUUCGCACUAUCCAAGCAUUAGUGAUGCUGAUUCCUGAGAAGAAAGUUCAUAUGUUCAAUGUUGGCCUGUUGUUUUUAUUUUCUUUUUUUUUUUUUUCAGAAAAGAAUGCCUGAGGAAAGUUUGACAUCAUUAAUCAUAAGUAUAGAAUCCAAUCACCAUUAGUCUGCAA